AGAUUUGGACCAUUUUUGGAGAAAUGUUAGUUUGAAUUUAUUUUUGAUUCUGUGUAGUUGUGAAACAUGAAACUUUGGUUAUUUUGUGGAAUAUUGACAUUUGCGCUCUUGGGUGUUCAUGGCCUACGGGAUGUACCACAGGUGAUUUGGAAACAUGGCCCUCUCUACGAAGGCAUUCAACAUCUGAUAGCCCAGGAAAAGUUCACCGCCAAGGAAAUUUGGAAUGAUACGAAAAUAAUAAUCGAAGCCACUGCCAAUGAACUUCAAAUGGCCCAAAAGUAUCUGCACAACUACGAGCACAUCUUUAGUGAGAAAAUGAAACAACUCAAGGAAUGGGAACAAUAUGAGGAUCUACGAAAAUGCUAUGUGCAAUACGAACGACAGAUAGCUCGUUUCAAUCGGGAUCUCAUUACCAAAUAUCGCAUCUGUCGCCAUGCGCUGAACAGUAGUCUCUCCCAGCUGGAAGAUGAAAUACGCUCGGAGGUUUUCUAUAUUCGUGAUGCUGCCAUCGAAAUUCAGGAGGUCGUGUAUGACUGUAAUGUCACCGAAUUGGGGAGAUUCGAUGAUGAGGAGGAUAACUAUUUCACGGGCAGCCGUAUCACAAUGUGUGUCAUUUCGAAGUUGAGCGCGAUUCGUCAAAAGCAAUUCGAAUCGACUCAUAUCUCUUUGGAAAUUCUCGGACGUAUUGUUGCCAGUGAUAUGAACCAGAAUGAAAUGGAGGAUGACAAUGGAGGCAUUUCUAUACCCCGGGGUGAUAAUGUUUGCCUGGAAUUCCGUCAUUUGCGCGAGGAAUUUGAAACCAUCUAUGAUCGCAUAUUAAGAUGUGUGAUGGAUGGAAAGUGAAUUAACUUUCGAUUAAUAUUUUUUGUGAAUUGAA